AAGGUAAAAAAAUUAAAUAGAAAAACAAACAAAAUCAAUAAAAUGGCAAUACAAGGAAAAACUCGUCAACGACAAAACGUCUGGAAGUGUAAAAGUUUUCAAUUGGAAAAAUAUAUUUCAAUAAUACAUUUAAUUAAAAAAAUAGAAAAAAAAAAAAAACAAUAACAUUUAAUAAGAUUGUGUAAAACGCCAGAUAAAUCGUGAAAUUAUCCCCAUUGAAGAAUCAAACGAAAAGCCUUUGGCUGACUAGCCGAAAUUUCCAACGAAACAACACUUCUCAACUCGCAUAUUUUCAAUGAUUUUACAACAAUGAAACGUCGCUCGGAUUCUGCACAACCCAAAUACUAUACCUCCCAUCAACAUGCCACGAGUAGUAGUGGUGCGAGCGGGUCAACAACUUCAGUCAAGCGUCCCUGCUCCAAGCAAAAAUUUGUCUACAAUCGCCCCAAGCCCGAUGUCCUGCAAAGUAUUCUACAAUCCAAGGCCAAUCCGGCCUACAAUGCCCGACGCCUCUGGUAUGAAAUGAAUAUGCCCGAGUGUACAAGUGAAAUAUUGGAUGGGAGAAUGUUGUCAACUACCAUACCUGAGAGUUUGCUGUGUCAUAGUCGGGAAAUGCGUCCUAAACGUAAGGUGCCAACAAAGAAGAAGGAACGACGCCCUUCAUACAUGCAAAUGCGCUUGGAACGAGAAAACUUUCGCAAAAAGUUGGUGGAAUUAAUUGCCCGUAAAGAUGAUGAGGCCACCACUGCCACGAUAAAUGAUGAUGGUGCCAGCGGUGCCGCCAUGGACUGGGAUGGCGAAUUUCCCAAUCAACAUGAAAAGGAGGUGUUACGUUAUUACUACUACAUUAAGCAUGGCAUCGAUACCAUUCACGUUUCACCAAUGAGCAAAAAAGUCUUAAACAGAAUUAAAAGUCAAAUUCCACCUGUCUUAAAUAAAUGGGAAUCAGCUCUGUCGGAGAAUAUCAAUGAAAUCAAAUCGGAUUAUAUCUUCUCGAUGAAAAAAGCUGUGGUGGAUUUUGUUUUGCAAAAUUCUUUGACAAAUCUCAAAAAGGAUACAAAAGUUGCCAUGACAAAGGAGAGAAAGGAAGUCAAUGCCAUGUCGAAUAAGUGGAGAUAUCGCUACGAUGAAAACCGCUGUCGUCUCAAGAAAACCCUCUUCUGCAUACAUCGUUCGGUGGCACACAUUUUGGAGUUAUGGAAUACCAAAUACAAGGAAAUUACUUUGGUUGAUGCUCGAGAACUUUCCAAAGUCACAACACCUUUUGAAUUAUUUGAAUUUGCGUAUACCGUUGGGCGCCAUGUUGACCAGGCCAAAAAUAUGCUGGAAAAUCAAUGGUAUAGUGAGAUCCAUGCAAUCCUAUUGAGAGCCAGCAAUCGUGGCCAGUUGCCAGAUGUAAGGAAGACUCGGCUGAUACAACGUUUCUAUAAUUGUGUGGCAGCUCUGAUGACCCAGCAACUGGAAGAUAUGUGCAUAAGGAGUUUGAAUCGUUUUGCUCAUUUUAUAUGUGAUUAUGCGAAAUCCAACCCUGGCUUCAAAAUAUCCCUGAUGUUAGAGGAUGAAGAUGUCAUUGUUUUCAAUCCGAACUUUUCUAAGUUUCAAAGUGAAAUGGUACGCAUCAUCGAGUCCAUAGUGCUGGCAGUGCAAAAUCUCCCCCGAAUUGAGAGUAAACUAUAUACAGAUUUGAAAAUCUCCGACAAGUUGAUAUUGACUCCAGCCAUACCCGAAUCCCUCAUAGCUGAGACCCGAAAUCGUAUUUGUGCUUUGCUCGAGGAGGAACGUAUUGGACCCGAGCUACGGCUACAAGAUUUCGAUGAAUAUAUUGAUUUGAUGAAUGGUCGCGAUGCGGAAAGGGUAUCGAAAUUUAUUCAUGCCCAACCGGAAUUUGAAGCCUUCUGCCAAAUGGUCCAUGAAUAUCGAGAGAAAGAGGAUAAGAUAUCCCGUGAUAUAUGGGGUGUUAUACGUAUGGGUUUGUAUGAGUUUCAUAGGGAGAAAUUCAUUGGAAAUCUGGAAAGUUUUGGGCGGUAUAUGCAAGAACAGCUGCUCAACCAUAUGGUCAAUGAUCAGCAGAAUAAAAUCUCCAAAUUGGGUAAGGAAUAUGAGGCCAUUGCCAAAAAGGCAUUGACCAUACCAAAGGAUACGGCGGAGUUAAUGAGCCUUAAGGCCUAUGUCAUAAAUACCGAAGAGAAUGUGGUGCCCGAAAUGGAACAGCGUUUGAGGGUGAAUAUGGGCCAUAUAUUGUGGCUGAUGGACCACACCCUGUAUUCGCCGCUGCAGAUUAAAAAUAAUUCUAAUACCUUUCAAUGGUAUUUGAAAUUGCCAUCAAUAUUUGAGGAUCAUAGGGUCAUAAUUGCCGAUAAGACCAUUGAGUAUCAGGAGCUUCUGAAGAAAAGAAUUGAUAGUUUUCGUAGGGAGUUGCAGACCUAUUUUGAUCAGGUCCAGACCUAUGAUGUAUGGGGCGAUAUUAAGCAGCUGGCGAAAUAUAAACGAAAGGCCAAUAUUCUGGAUAAUCGUUUGGUCAUGGCCAUGGACACCAUUGAUCGUAUCAAUGAAGAGGAGACUUCGUAUGGCUGGGAUCUUUCCCAGUAUUUCAUACGUAAAAAGGCCCAUGACCAGCUAAAGCCGUAUAAGACUCUUUUUGAUGCGGGUCAGGAAUUUAUGGAUAAAUACGAUUUGUGGAUGAAUGCCCAAGUGGGGGCAUUUGAUCCGGAUGAAAUUGAAACGGAGGUGGCGAAUAUGUAUCGUAUUAUUCAAAAGCUGGAGAAGCAGAUGGGUGAUCACCCGACCACCAUGACAUUGAUAAAGGAUAUCAAAGAACAAAUUGAGGCCUUCCGUGAGCAUAUGCCCAUAAUUUCCACCUUAGGUAAUCCGGGCAUGAAAACACGGCACUGGGAAUUGGUCUCGGAGAUAAUUGGUUUCCCCAUCAAGGUCUCGCCUGAAUUGACGCUGGCCCGCAUCAUUGAAUAUAGCCUAGAGGAUUAUGUACCGAAAUUUGAAACGAUUUCCGAAAGUGCCACCAAAGAAAAUAAUUUGGAAAGAGCCAUGGCAAAAAUGGUCUCCGAGUGGGAGGAUAUAUCGUUUUCGGUGUCGCCAUAUAGAGAUACUGGCACCUAUAAACUAUCCGCCAUUGAUGAUAUUCAAGUUCUGCUUGAUGAUCAAAUUAUCAAGACCCAGACAAUGAAGAGUUCGCCGUAUAUCAAACCCUUCGAAAAGGAUAUAUUGAAAUGGGAAGCCAAGUUAAUUCUUCUGCAAGACAUAUUAGAUGACUGGUUGCGGGUUCAAGCUACAUGGAUGUAUUUGGAGCCGAUAUUCUCAAGUCCCGAUAUUCAACAGCAAAUGCCCGAAGAGGGUAGGCGUUUUAGUGCAGUGGAUAAGAUCUGGAAAGAGCUAAUGAAACAAGUCAAUGCCGAUUGUCGUGUAAUGGCCGUGGUGGAAAUCGAUAAAAUGUCCGAGAAACUGAAAAAGGCCUUCAACCUGCUGGAGAUCAUACAAAAAGGUCUCAAUGCUUAUUUGGAAAAGAAACGUUUGUAUUUUCCACGUUUCUUCUUUUUGUCCAAUGAUGAGCUGUUGGAAAUCCUUUCGGAAACUAAAGACCCUACGCGAGUUCAACCGCAUCUUAAGAAAUGUUUUGAGGGUAUUGCUACUUUGAAAUUUACCGAAGAAUUGGAAGUUACGAUAAUGCGUUCAUCCGAACGCGAGGAAGUGGAAUUGGUGGACGUCAUAUCGACGGCAAAGGCUCGCGGCCAAGUGGAGAAAUGGCUUUUGGAAUUGGAGUUGUAUAUGAAGAAAAGUAUUCACAAGAAAAUGAGUGAGGCGUUUUAUAGCUAUCCGAAUAGCGUUCGGCAUGAAUGGGUACUCAUUUGGCCGGGUCAGUGUGUGCAGUCGAUAUCGCUGACCUAUUGGACCCUGAAUAUAACGGAGUGUUUUUUGUCCGACGAUCCGUGUGGAAAUUUGGAAAAAUAUUUGGAAACAAAUAUAACGCAGAUCAAUCGCAUCGUGGACUUGGUACGCGGUGAUUUGAGUGCCCAGAAUCGCAUUACAUUGGGAGCCUUGGUGGUGUUGGAUGUACAUGCCCGUGAUGUCUUGGCCGAGAUUGUGGAGAAGAAAGUAUCCGAACUCAAUGAUUUUCAGUGGUUGUGUCAGCUUCGUUACUAUUGGGAGGACAACAAUUUGGAUACCCGCAUGAUCAAUUGCUCUCUAAAAUAUGGCUAUGAAUAUUUGGGAAAUACCACCCGGUUGGUGGUAACCCCUCUAACAGAUCGUUGUUAUCGCACCCUCUUCAGUGCCUUACAUUUACAUUUGGGUGGUGCCCCUGAAGGACCUGCGGGUACGGGUAAAACAGAGACCACCAAAGAUUUGGCCAAAGCUGUGGCCAAACAAUGUGUUGUGUUCAAUUGUUCCGAUGGUCUGGAUUAUAUCGGUUUGGGGAAAUUCUUCAAGGGUUUAGCUUCGUGCGGAGCCUGGUCAUGUUUUGAUGAAUUCAAUCGCAUUGAUUUGGAGGUGCUAUCAGUGGUGGCUCAACAAAUUUUGACCAUACAAAGGGGUAUUAAUUCCGGUAGUCCAACACUGGUGUUUGAGGGUACCACAUUGACAUUGGAUCCCACGUGUGCGGUGUUUAUUACCAUGAAUCCUGGCUAUGCGGGGCGAUCGGAAUUGCCGGAUAAUUUGAAGGCCCUCUUCCGCUCUGUGGCCAUGAUGGUGCCUGACUAUGCCUUGAUUUCGGAAAUUGAGUUAUAUUCCUAUGGCUUCCUGACAGCCAAACCUUUAUCUGUCAAAAUCGUGGCCACCUAUCGUUUGUGUUCCGAACAGCUCAGCACCCAAUGUCAUUACGAUUAUGGCAUGCGAGCUGUGAAGUCAGUCCUCAAGGCAGCUGGGGCCUUGAAAUUACGUUAUCGCGAUGAAAAUGAAGAUAUCCUGGUGUUGCGUUCAAUUAAGGAUGUAAAUUUACCGAAAUUCCUGAACCAAGAUGUCCCCCUGUUCCAGGGAAUAACAUCGGAUCUGUUUCCUGGUACUGUCCUACCCGAAGCCGACUAUGUCAUCUUCAACGAAUGCUGUCGUGAGGCUUGCGAGAGAAAUAAUAAGCAAUGCACCGAUUUCUUUUUGGAGAAGGUCCAACAGUUGUAUGAGAUGAUUGUUGUACGACAUGGUUUGAUGUUGGUCGGACUGCCGUUCGGUGGCAAGACAACGUGUUAUAGGAUUUUGGCUGAAACACUGGAGAAUAUGGAGAAGAGGAACGCCGGUGAAAAUCGUGCCAUCUACACCAUCAUCAACCCCAAGGCCAUUACCAUGGGUCAGCUGUACGGGCAAUUCGAUGCCGUUUCCCACGAAUGGAGUGAUGGUGUGCUGGCGGUGAGUUAUCGGCAAUUUGCCGUUUCAGAGACACCGGAUCGCAAGUGGCUAAUAUUUGAUGGUCCAGUCGAUGCCAUAUGGAUUGAAAAUAUGAAUACCGUGCUGGAUGAUAACAAGAAGUUGUGUCUGAUGUCGGGAGAAAUUAUACAAUUGUCGCCGACGACAAAUCUUAUAUUUGAACCCAUGGAUUUGGAGGUGGCCUCACCGGCCACAGUGUCACGUUGUGGUAUGAUUUAUAUGGAGCCGGCAUCUUUGGGUUGGGAACCUUUGGUGACUUCGUGGAAAAAUCGUUUGCCCGCCAGUUUUCAUGCCGUGGCCAAGCAAUUGGUGACGGCGUUGAUAAAGCGAUUCUGUCCCAUAUUGUUGUAUAUUGUGAGGAAGGCUUCACUGUUUGAGAUUGCUCCCACAUCGGACGCCAAUCUCAUGGUGGCCUUGAUGAAUUUGUUCGACUGCUUCCUGGAUGAUUUUAAGGAUGAAAAAUAUGUACAAAAUAUCAGUGAUUUGGAUAUGAGGGCUCAGAUAGAGGGUGUGUUUUUAUUUUCCUGUAUCUGGUCCAUUGGAGCAUCACUGGAUUCGAAUAGCCGAGAGAAAUUUAAUUUAGUUUUCCGUGGCCUCAUGGAAAAGAAUUUCCCCGAGAAUUUGUAUGAGUCCUUUGGCAUACCGGAGGAGUUGUAUGUUCCCGCCUUGCCGAAGCCUUUUAUUUUUCCCAUACCCAAACAGGGUUCGGUGUUUGAUUAUCGCUUCAUAAAGGAAGGUAAGGGUAAGUGGAAACCAUGGCAGGAUGAUGUGGCAGCAGCGCCGGCCAUAAGUCGUGACAUACCGGUAAAUCAAAUUAUCAUUGUGACCAAUGAGAAUGUGAGAAGUACUGCCGUGCUGGAUUUACUGGUCAGGCAUGGAAAACCGGUGUUGUUUGUGGGUCCCACGGGAACGGGAAAGAGUUGUUAUAUCAUCGAUUAUAUGUUGAAGAAAAUGGAUUUGAUGACCUACAAGCCAUUGCUGAUCAAUUUCUCGGCCCAGACUUCGGCCAAUCAGACCCAGGAUAUAAUCAUGUCCAAGUUGGAUAAGAGACGUAAAGGUGUCUAUGGGCCUCCGCUGAACAAGCGCUUUGUCAUUUUUGUCGAUGAUGUGUCGAUGCCUUUGAAAGAGAAUUAUGGCGCCCAACCUGCAAUUGAGUUGCUGCGAAUGAUGAUGGAUCACUGGAUGUGGUAUGAUAGGAAAGCGAUAGUACCUUUAAAAUUGAUCGACAUACAAAUGAUUUGUGCCAUGGGUCCGCCAUCAACGGGAAAUACAAUUACACCACGCUUCCAGCGGCAUUUCAAUGUGGUGGCCAUUGAUGAGUUCAAUGAUGAUAUUUUGAAGACGAUUUUCAGUAAAAUAAUUCUAUGGCAUUUGGAUACAAGAGGCUUCUCCAAAGAAUUCGAUCCCUGUAUUGAGGAGAUUGUCAAUGCCACCUUGACAAUUUACAACAAGGCCAAAAUGAAUCUGCUGCCCACGCCAGCCAAGUCCCAUUAUCUCUUCAAUUUGCGUGACUUUUCUCGCGUCAUCCAAGGUGUUUUACUUUCGGUACCCGAAGCCACGGAAGAUCUGAACUCCAUGCGCCGCCUCUGGGUCCAUGAAGUUUUUCGGGUCUAUGGCGAUCGCCUGGUUGAAGAUUCGGAUCGCAGCUGGCUUUUCAAUGCCCUCUGUGAACAAAUGCGUUCCAGUUUUGCCAUUGAACCCGAAGAACUUUUCGAACGAUUCGUCCAGAAGGGAGAAAAGCUAAGCGAAGCCGAUUUUCGUAAUUUGAUAUUUUGUGAUUUUACCAAUCCCAAGGCUGAUACGAAAAACUACAUCGAAGUACAGGAUUUGGAGGAGCUACGCAAUGUCGUCGAAUCUUACCUGGUGGAAUACAACAACAUGUCCAAGAAACCCAUGAAUUUGGUAUUGUUCCGCUUUGCCGUGGAACAUUUAUCGAGAAUCUGUCGCAUUAUAAAGCAGCCACGUAGUCAUGCUCUACUGAUCGGUGUCGGUGGCUCCGGACGUCAGAGCUUAACUCGUCUGGCUUCGCAUAUAUGUGACUAUGAAUUAUUUCAAGUGGAAAUAUCUCGAUCAUAUGGACCAAAUGAAUGGCAUGAGGAUAUCAAGGGUAUCUUGCGUAAGAUCAGUUCGUCGGAAAUGCAUGGGGUGUUCUUGUUCACAGAUGUGCAGAUCAAAGAUGAAUCCUUUUUGGAAGAUAUAAACAAUUUAUUGAAUUCUGGUGAAGUUCCAAAUCUGUUUAGCAAUGAGGAGAAAAUGGAGGUGGUGGAGAAAAUGGCCCAGAUUGACAAGCAACGUGACAAGGCUGUGCAAACCGAUGGCAGUCCCGUGGCCCUGUUUAAUUUCUUUGUCACGACCUGUAAGGAUCAGCUGCAUGUGGUCCUUGCCAUGUCGCCUAUUGGUGAGGCUUUGCGUAUAAGGAUACGAAAGUUCCCCUCCAUUGUGAAUUGCUGUACCAUUGAUUGGUUCCAGGCGUGGCCAGAGGAUGCAUUGCUGGCAGUGUCGACCCGCUUCUUGGCCCAGGAGGAUCUAACCGAUUUGGAAAGGCGGGCAGCCAUAGAUAUGUGCAUGGAAUUCCAUACAUCUACCCAGGCCUUAUCGGAGGCCUUCUAUUUGAGACUGAAACGUCAUAACUAUGUGACCCCCACCUCAUAUUUGGAAUUGAUACAGACUUUUAAGACAUUGCUGAACAAGAAGAGGGCGUCCGUCAUGCUCAACAAAAAUCGCUAUCUAACCGGCAUAUCCCAACUGGACAUCGCCGCCCAACAGGUGGGUGUUAUGCAGGAGCAGCUGGAGGCCUUGGAGCCAAAAAUCAAAGCAGCUGCCGAAACGGUGGCCAUACAAGUUGCCAAAGUCACAGAGGAUAGUAAAGCUGCCGAGGAGCAACGUGAAAUUGUCAAGCGUGACGAAGCAAUGGCUGCGGAGCAAGCCCAAUUGGCCCAGGCCAUUAAGGAUGAAUGUGAUGCUAAGUUGGGUGAAGCUUUACCCAUACUUAAUGAGGCCAUGGCUGCCUUGAAUACCUUAACAACAGCUGAUAUUGCCGUCGUCAAGACCAUGAAAAGUCCUCCGGUGGGAGUGCGUAUUGUCAUGGAAGCUGUUUGCAUUUUGAAGGAGGUUAAACCGGAACGUAUUGCCAAUCCCAGUGGUGUGGGCAUGAUUGAAGACUAUUGGGGUCCCUCGAAGAAGGUUUUGAGCGAUAUUAAAUUUCUGGAUAGUUUAUUGAAUUUCGACAAGGAUAAUAUACCACCGGCUGUGAUAAAGAAGCUGCAGGAGAGAGUCUUGACGAAUGAGGCUUUUGAUCCGGAGAAAAUUAAAACGGCGUCUACAGCCUGUGAGGGUCUGUGUAAAUGGGUUAUUGCCUUGACCAAAUAUGAUGUGGUGGCCAAGAUUGUGGCGCCCAAGAAAAUUGCCCUGGCCGAGGCGGAAGCUACCUAUAAUGCAGCCCAAAAAACACUGAACGAGAAACUGGCCCAACUAGCUCGAGUCGAGGCGAACUUGGCAGCUAUUCAAAAGGUUUUGGACAAACAAAUGAAGGAAUAUGGCAUCCUGCAAGCGGAACAUGAAGCCUGCACCAAAAAAUUACAACGUGCUCAAGACCUCAUUUCCGGUCUGGGUGGUGAGCGUACACGAUGGUCGGAAACGGCAAAGCAAUUGGGGCGCAUUUACAACACUCUCACCGGAGAUGUGCUAAUUUCCUCGGGAGUUGUCUCCUAUUUGGGACCCUUUACCAUUGAAUAUCGUGUCGAUCAAACUCGCAAAUGGGCAGAGAAAUGUGCCAGUUUUGGUAUAGUUUGUAGUCAAGAUUUCCAAUUGGUCAGCGUGCUGGGUGAACCCGUUGAAAUACGUAAUUGGAAUAUAUGUGGACUGCCAACUGAUUCGUUUUCGAUUGAGAGUGCCAUUAUGAUGCAAAAUGCCCGUCGCUGGCCCUUGAUGAUAGAUCCUCAGGGUCAGGCCAAUAAAUGGAUUAAGAAUUUGGAAAAGAACAAUAAACUUUGUGUGAUACGCCUGAAUCAACCCGAUUACACUAGGGUUUUGGAAAAUGCCAUUCAAUUUGGACUGCCAGUGCUGCUGGAAAAUAUUGGCGAAGAAUUGGAUCCGCUACUGGAAUCAAUUUUGCUCAAACAACUUUUUAAGCAGGGAGGAGCUUUGUGUAUUAAACUGGGUGAUUCGGUUAUUGAAUACAACCACAAUUUUAAAUUCUAUAUGACAACAAAGCUACGCAAUCCCCACUACUUGCCCGAGGUUGCAGUCAAGGUCACUCUCUUGAAUUUCAUGAUUACCACCCAAGGUCUGCAAGAUCAAUUAUUGGGUAUUACGGUGGCUCGUGAACGUCCCGAUCUGGAGGCCGAGAAGAAUACUCUCAUUGUCCAGGGUGCCGAAAAUAAACGAAUGUUAAAAGAGACUGAAGAUCAAAUUCUGGAAGUUUUAUCAUCAGCUGAAAAUAUUCUCGAAGAUGAGACGGCUGUACAGGUUCUCAGCUCAGCCAAGGCUUUGGCAAAUGACAUCAACGAGAAACAGGUUGUCACUGAGGCUACGGAGAAGCAAAUUGAUACGGCCCGUCUGAGUUAUGUCCCCAUUGCGGAACAUUCGACUAUUUUGUUCUUUACGAUUGUCGAAUUGGCCAACAUCGAUCCGAUGUAUCAAUACAGCUUAGCCUGGUUUGUGGGUUUGUACACGGCCUCCAUUGACAAUACGGAAAAGGUCGAUGAUAUUGUGGAGCGUUUAAAGGAUUUGCGAGCGCAUUUCACCUACAGCCUGUAUGUGAACAUAUGCCGGAGUUUGUUCGAGAGGGAUAAGCUAUUAUUCUCUCUCAUCCUGAAUAUCAAUUUAAUGAAAGCCGAGGGCCGGAUUGACAACAGCGAAUGGAUGUUUUUACUGACCGGUGGAAUUGGUCUAGACAACCCCCACAAGAAUCCCGCCAAAUGGUUGGGCAUACAAAGUUGGAAUGAACUAUGUCGUCUGGCGGAGUUGCAGCACUUCAAGGGACUUCGGGAAAAUUUCACCGAAAAUUUAGACGAGUGGAAACAAUUUUUCGAAUCCGAUAUACCACAUUAUUUCGAAACUCUACCAAAGCCCUGGGAUAAAAUGUUGAUGUUGGAAAAGCUGUUAUUGCUGCGGGUGUUUCGUCCCGAUAAAUUGGUGCCGGCCAUAUUGAAAUUUGUAGCCCUGGAAAUGGGAGAGAAAUUUGUUGAUCCUCCGCAAUUUGAUUUGGCUGCCUCCUUUGGAGAUUCCCAUUGUUGUAUUCCGUUGAUAUUUAUUUUAACACCAGGCUCGGAUCCCACGGCUACACUGCUGAAAUUUGCGGAUGAGCAAGGUUUUGGUUCGAAUCGUUUGUUUUCUUUGUCGCUGGGUCAAGGUCAGGGCCCCAUUGCAGUGAAAAUGAUAGAGGAAGGCGUUAAGCAGGGCAAUUGGGUGGUGUUACAAAAUUGCCAUUUGGCAAAGAGUUUUAUGCCCACCCUGGAGAAAAUAUGUGAAGGAAUGGUUCCCGACUCCACACAUCCUGAUUUUCGCCUCUGGCUGACUUCAUACCCAGCCGAACAUUUCCCCGUUGUGGUUCUACAAAAUGGCAUAAAAAUGACCAAUGAACCGCCAAAGGGAUUGAGAUCGAACAUUACACGAUCCAUGCUAUCCGACCCCAUUUCCGAUCCGGAGUGGUAUGAGUCGUGCAAACAGAAUCAGACUUUCAAACAACUGAUCUACUCGUUGUGCUUCUUCCAUGCUGUGAUUCAGGAGAGAAGGUAUUUCGGGCCGAUUGGUUGGAAUAUACCGUAUGAGUUCAAUGAGACCGACCUACGGAUAAGUUUGAUGCAACUGAAAAUGUUCUUGGAUCAGUAUGAGGGUGUAAAUUAUGAUGCCCUGCGUUACCUCACUGGGGAGUGUAAUUAUGGCGGCCGUGUAACGGAUGAUUGGGAUCGUCGAACGUUGAAAACUUUGCUGAAUCGCUACUAUUGCCCGGAGGUUUUAGAUAUGGAGACACCGUUUUUCUUUGAUGAUAAGCAGAUUUAUUAUAUACCAGUGUAUAAGGAGGUGGAGAACUAUUUGACAUAUACUAAAGAGCUGCCACAGCAAACGGUACCGGCUAUAUUUGGUUUUCAUGCCAAUGCGGAUAUUAUGAAGGAUCAACAGGAGACGGAUAUGUUGCUGAGUCAUACAUUGUUGACACAGUUACUACAAAAAUCUCAACCGCAUUACAUCGAGACACUAUCGAAACGCUUCCCCGAAAAUCUACUGCUACCAAAUUGUCCCACAUCUCCUGAAUUUAUAUCCCUCUACUAUUUACAAAAGGACACCUCAGCGGCGGCAGAUGAUGGUGAGGGAGCCGGCGAACGUUUAACACCCGAGGAGGUUGUCAUAAAUGUUGCCACCGAUAUUUUGGAACGUUUGCCAAAGGAUUUUGAUCGUGAUGCAGCAUUGGCCCGAUAUCCCACUAGCUAUCAUCAGAGCAUGAAUACGGUUUUGGUACAGGAAAUGGUACGGUUUAAUGUUUUGCUCAAUACAAUACGCUCAAGUUUGCUGACGCUGAGGAAGGCCAUUAAGGGUUUGGUGGUAAUGUCCGCUCAAUACGAGGCCGUCUAUAAGUCCAUUUUAAUUAGCCGCAUACCAGCUAUGUGGGCUGCCAAAUCCUAUCCAAGUUUAAAGCCUCUGGGUGCCUAUAUCACAGAUUUUCUGCGACGUUUGGCAUUUUUGCAGAAAUGGUACGACGAGGGACCACCCUCAACAUUCUGGCUAUCCGGCUUCUUCUUUACGCAGGCUUUCCUGACGGGAGCCCAGCAGAAUUUCGCCCGAAAAUAUGUGAUACCAAUUGAUUUACUAGUGUUCGACUAUGAAGUUUUACGCAUCGAAGAAGACCAGGCUGGCGAAAUGACAGCUCCUGCAGAUGGGGUUUAUGUUUAUGGUAUAUUCUUGGAGGGAGCUCGCUGGGAUCGUGUUGAAAAUUAUUUAGCUGAAUCCCAUCCAAGGGAGUUAUUCGAUCGCAUGCCACUGAUAUGGAUGAAGCCGGUGAAAAAAUCGGAUUUAAAGGAACGUCAUGUUUAUGUUUGUCCUUUGUAUAAGACGGCGGAGCGUAGGGGUGUACUCUCCACAACGGGUCAUAGUACCAAUUUUGUGGUGGCCAUGCUACUGGAAUGUAAUCCCAAAACAGAGACCUCACAUUGGAUAAUACGGGGUACGGCUCUGCUGUGUCAAUUGAGUUAUUAGGAUGAUGAUCCAGGAAUAUCGACUGAACUUGAUGAGCUAUGUUAUGAAUCCUGAAAAUAUACGAUAUUGCCUUUUGUAUAUUUUAUAAAUACUAAAUAUAUUUAGAUUAAAAAAAUGUA